GCAUCCGAUGAAGUGAGCUGUAGCUCAGGAAAGCUUAUGCUCAAAUAAAUUUGUUAGUCUCUAUGGUGCCACAAGUCCUCCUUUUCUUUUUUUGAGAUUCUACUGUCACUGUCUAGUUUUCAAAACUCUGAUUUUCUUCACUAUUAAUUACAACCUCUGAUUAAUUACAACCUCUGAUUUUUCGGGGAGUUACAGGAUCAGGUAUACAUCUCCCUUGUUGUGAGUGCAGAAAUGCAGGUUUAAAUUUUGCAGCUGCAAAAUUCACCUCUUGUUCUCUAGCUCUGUAAAUCUAUGUCCCAAGUGCCAACAUAUGCACUGUUCUGGGGUAACACUAGUUUGUCUUUGUAAUUUUCAGACCAAGAGGGGGAGCUAGCUGCCUCUGAAACACAGGGUUGAACCCCGCCCCCCCCCAAGCCGAAGAAGACAGAGGAGCUGGCGCGGCUCCCGUCACAAGUUGAGACCUGGGGUAAUCCCGACGGACGGAAAUGCGAAAUCACCCACACCCAGAGUUCAAGAUCUUUCAUCUUCCUGCCAUGGUUAAAAGCUUUUGGCGGGCUUCCCUUCUUUCCUGCCCAUUUUGUAUGCAGCACAUUAGUUUAGCCUUACCAUGCUUAAAAAACAAACCAAAACAAAAAAAAACUUGCAUCAGCAGAAUUGCCUAUUUAUUGCAUUUAUGGAACAUUCUCCGGGGGUUUGCUCAUGCUCUGGCUCUGCCCCCCCACUUCCCUGUCGUCACCCACCAGGGCCCAGUCCCUUUCUUCCACAUCUCCUACCUGCACCAGCUUGCUCCUGGUCAGGUGUCCUCCCGCUGGGCUACCUCUCGAUCUUCUGGAACCUCUUCUUGGCCCCGAGGAGUAACAAGGGGCCGUGUCAUCUUGCACAAGUUCUCAAGCAAAUGGCAACUAAAAUCGACAAGGAGGCAUGCAGAGAAGCCUACAACCUCGUGCGGGAUGAUGGCACGAAUAUUAACUGGGUGACUUUUAAAUAUGAUGGCUCCACAAUAGUCCCCGGAGACCAAGGAACAGACUAUGACGAGUUUACAAGGGAAUGCAAAGAUGAUAUCAGGUUGUUUGGAUUUGUCCGAUUUACCACUGGGGAUGCCAUGAGCAAGCGAGUCAAGUUUGCCCUCAUCACUUGGAUCGGAGAGAGCGUUAGCGGCCUGCAGAGAGCUAAAACUGGGACUGACAAAACUCUGGUCAAAGAAGUAGUACAGAACUUUGCCAAAGAAUUUGUGAUCAGCGACCACAAAGAGCUGGAGGAGGAGUACAUCAAGAAUGAGCUGAAGAAAGCAGGGGGUGCUAAUUAUGAUGCCCAGAAUGAGUAAAUGCACUAGCCACGUGGUAUCAUCUGCCUGGAUCAGGAAGGGAGGGGCAAAGCACAACCACCCAACUAAAUUCUGGUGAGGCGAACAAGAGAAUACUCGGCUUAUUUGCGUGCAGCUAAGAAGUCCCUUCCCUUCUCCCAAAAUGGACUUUUUAUUUUCCAUUCCACUUUCCUCUUCCAUAUGAGCUGUUCUUAUUUUUUACAAAAGUUGCGCAAGUAACUCAGUCCCCAAGCAGAUGCUGAUGCUUUCUAUAGCAUGUUGGUUUACCUUUCUGUUUGGCCCGCACUUGUAAUAGUCAACCUUGCUGUUCUUACAGGCCUGCCAUGAUAUCCAUUUUUAUUUUUGUUUUUUUUGGUAUGUGUUCACAUUUGAAUGGGGUUCAAAGUAGGCUCCGGUUACCACCAGGAGAAAAAUCUCUAGGAAUUGUGCACGUAUGGCAUUUUUUAAAGUUCCUGAUAGUAUUCUUGGGACUACAUAAUUUUCCUUCUUCGAUGUUCAGAUCUACUUGAGUUGACUCCACUUAAACUUUGAUUAAAUUACUUGAGCUUAGCUGUCCAGUGGCGAUAAUGAUGCUUAGCCGUUUAAAAAAAAAUCACGUUUUCAACUCUUAAUCAAUGGGAAGAAGUAAAUUUUGCCUUAAAAAUUGCUUGAUGAUUGCUGUGCUGCACCUCCACCUUCCCCCUUCUUUUGAUCCAACGUGCUUUGAAUGUUUUCAAGUUAUGGCAACAGUAAACUGGAGAAAAAAAAAAAGUAAAA